GCUUUCCCGCAACCCGGUGGCCCGGCCCCCACCCGGGUGUGUAGCCAUCGGUGUCCGCCUCGUCCGUCCCUCCUCCCACCUUUGAUCUUGCCUCCCUGCCUCCGGUCAUCGGCCGGCGUCCCCAUUGCGUCGAUCUUGCCAUCAUGAAUCCCCUGAACGCCUCGUCCUCGGUGCCCGACUCUGCUCCAGGUGCUGCCCCGGUCAGCACGCCCACGCCCCUGACCGACUCGCGGCUGGAUUUCUUCGACACGAUGAAGAAGUUCUACCUGGUUGGCAGCGGGUCGUUGCUCAUCACCUUCGGUGUGCUGAUCUACGCGGCGCGCAAGAAUCGCCAGAGCGCUCAGUCGAUCCUGAAGAACGCCACAAACAACAGCUUCACCCACUCGAAGAAGGCGCCAGCCGGGCAGCGCUUUGUUGCUUCGUCUCCCAGCCAGAAGAAGUAGACCCCCCUGUCUCCUCCGAGCCCGGUGGAGGAGCCGCCGCCCACACGGUACGGCCCAUUGCCCGGGAAAUAGACAACAAAUGACGAGCCUGUCCUGAUCUGACGUCCUGCUUGGAUCACAUGCAGGCGUAGACAUCAAGAUAUGUAACACACACACACACAUAUACACACACAAUUACGGAA